GGGGUCUGCGGAGCCGGUCGUCCCUUUUUGAGGGGUCCCCGGACACGGCGACCCUUUCGGGGAUGGGACAUCCGGUCCCGAGCUCUUCGUUGGAGUUGUGGUCCCUGCAUCCCUUUAUUAGUUUAUCUUGUCUGUCUCUGAGACCUCCACCGGGGUGAGUGGACUCCUGGAUUCUGCCUGCGUUGGGGACCGAUCCCUGACCCCCACAUCCAGGAAAAAUAGGCCUAAAGUAUGAGUUUCAGGGCUCUCCCUCGUCCUGAGCCCAGGUGGAUCUUGGGCUCCCUGGGAAGGAUUCAUUAACUCCUUGUAGCCUAUGGAGGGCUCAGUAGUGGCGCGUUUGCCUCCUUAAACAGGGUGGUCAGAGAAAGGCCUCCUCCAGAAGGUAAGGUUUCAAGGGGUCAGGUUUGAAGGAAACCCAAGACUUGCUGAGCUGUUCCAGAUGGAGAGACUAAGCUCGCUCGGGAUGUGUGCCUGGAGCUCCACAACCCCCUCUCUCCUCCCCUCACUUCUCUUAGUAGCAGGAGCCUAAACUUAGACUGCCGACUGCAGUUCAGAAGGCCUGAGUUUCUGUUUUGGGGACAAGUGCUGCUUAUCUGUGUAUAUGGAGGGAGGAGUUGGGUCACAGUGCCUCUAGUGUCUUGCUAGCACAAGCUCCUGCUUUCUGGAGUCUCUGAUGCUCCUUCCUCAAGGUGUAAUCAUCCUUUGAUGGCACCUGUCCUAGGCAGCUGUGCCUCCCACAUUAUGCCCUCUAUAGGCACCUCUGCUGACGCCACUGGAAACCACAGAGGGCUACGGCGUGCCACUACCUGCUUGCUGUGUCUGGGAAGUGUCUGCCAGGUUCCUGGAGGGCACAGGAGUCUGUCCUCCCAACCUCCCAACUUGUCAUAUUAUCCUUGUUUACCUCUUGUUUUGCAGCAUUGAGGAUGGACCCCAGGUUGCUCUACCACUGAGCUACAUCACCUGGUCCAUUAACUGUUUAUCUUGAGACAGGGUCUUGCUAAGUUGUCCAGGUGGGCCUUGAACUUGUGAUCCUCCUGCCUCAGUCUCCUGGAUAACUGGGGUUACAGGUGUGGCCAUCACAACCAGAGGCAGUGUCAUUUCAUCUUAAUUCACUCAUGCAGCAAAGUCUGUAUGAUUCAGAGCCCUCUGGAGCCAUACUGACUUUAAAACUGUCUGCUGCGUUCCUCGAGACAAAACACUCAGGGUCACACCUGGGGACUGGGCUGUGCAAAAUAACCACACGAGAGACAGAGAGACCUUUUUCUUUGGGGUCCUAUGAGGCUCCUCUGACCUUAAGGGUCCGUGGAAAGAGAACUGGUUGACUGACAGCUAGGAAGGCCACACCCAAGGGCAGAGCAAGAGAAGGGAACACACAAAGGGCAUUUCCAAACAGGGCAAAGGGGUAACAUCACAAAGGAACAGGUGAGCGUAGCUCCACCUAUGGGGCUGCGGGAAGGCAUGCCCAGGCACGAAGACACAUUCAUUCACACAUUCUGCGACUUCCAAGAUCGGGGCGUCAUCGAGGGCCACUUUGAUGUGGCCAGAUCACUUGGAAGUGACCGACAGAAUCUCACCAAUCAGGAAAGGAAUAUGCUGGUCACAUGGUGCGGCGGCCUCCCACAACUGUCCCUGCUGAAGUUGGGCGCAGUGCCCACUCCUGUCUACCCAGUUGCUUGGGAGGCUGAGGCAGGAGGAUGGCAAGUCCCAGGCCAGCCUGGGCAACUGAGCAAGACCCUGUCUUAGAACAAAAUAAAGAGGGCUUGGUGAUGUGGCUCCGUGGUAAGCACCGGGGGUCAUUGCAGUGCUGAGCCACCACCACCACCACAGCAAAACCCCGGCAUCCACGCUGUCCCCAGGCAAGACAGGCUGUUUCCUGGCCUGUCGAUGGGAACAAGUCUCUGCCCAUCCCGUGGGGCCCUGGGAGGGUUAAAUAAGCUAAUGAACAUAAGGGCUUAUCAGAGAGCCUGGCGUUUGGCAAGUGCUGCACAAAUGCCAGACACUAUUCUUGUGUUUUGUUUUGUUUUUUUGGUAUCGGAGAUUGAACUCGGGCCCUCAGCCACUGAGCCGCUGCCUCAGCUCAGUUUUGUGUUUUAGUUAGAUACAGCGUCUCACUGAGGUGCUGAGCUGGCUUUGAACUCGCAAUCCUCCGUCUCAGCCUCCCAAUCUGCCAGGAUUACAGGCAUGAGCCUCUGUAUCUGGCCUAUUCUUGCUUUUAUUGAGGACCUACUGUGUACACACCCUGGUGCUAAGUGCUGGGAGUACCCUGCUGACCAAGAAAGUCCCAGUCUCUGACUUCAGAGUUCUAGUGAGGGAUAAGCUGACCGCCAGCAACUAACCAACAUCCAAGGCAAUGUUUGAAGAAAGUUGGAGCAGGGAAGAGGCAGAGGACACCCGUGCAGACUGAUGAAGGAAGGCUUCAUUCGAGAUGCAGGGAGGUUCUGCUCUGUGGGCUUCCAGGCUCAGUCCACGGGGCGCAGAGGACCAGGCCCUUGCUGGAGGCAUCAUGGUGACGGAGCAAGAGGUCGAGGCCAUCGGGCAGGUGCUGGUGGACCCCAAGCAGCCUCUGCAGGCCCGCUUCCGGGCGCUUUUCACCUUGCGGGGGCUUGGUGGCCCCGGGGCCAUCGCCUGGAUCAGCCGGGCCUUCGAUGACGACUCCGCCCUGCUCAAGCACGAGCUGGCCUACUGCCUGGGCCAGAUGCAGGACUCCCGCGCCAUCCCCGUGCUCACGGGCGUGCUGCGCGACACCCGCCAGGAGCCCAUGGUGCGCCACGAGGCAGGGGAGGCCCUGGGCGCCAUUGGGAACCCGCAGGCCCUGGAGCUCCUGAGGCAGUACUGCAGCGACCCCGUGGUCGAGGUGGCUGAGACGUGCCAGCUGGCCGUGCGCCGCCUGGAGUGGCUGCAGCAGCACCCUGGGCAGCCCACAGUGGCCGGGCCUUACCUCUCCGUGGACCCGGCCCCCCCAGCUGAGGAGCGCGACAUGGGGCAGCUGCGGGAGGCGCUGCUGGACGAGACCCUGCCGCUGUUCGACCGGUACCGCGCCAUGUUCGCCUUGCGCAACGCCGGGGGCCAGGAGGCGGCCCUGGCGCUGGCCGAGGGCCUGCGCUGUGGCAGCGCCCUCUUCCGCCACGAGGUGGGCUACGUGCUGGGCCAGCUGCAGCACGAGGCGGCCGUGCCCCAGCUGGCCGCCACCCUGGCCCGCCCCGCCGAGAGCCCCAUGGUGCGCCACGAGUGUGCGGAGGCCCUGGGCGCCAUCGCCCGGCCCUCCUGCCUGGCCGCGCUGCAUGCCCACGCGGCCGACCCCGAGCGCGUGGUGCGGGAGAGCUGCCUGGUUGCCCUGGACAUGUACGAGCAGGAGAGCGGGCCCUUCCAGCAGGACCGCCCGGAGCAGCCGCGCCCACCGCCCUAGCCGCCCAGCCCUGCCCAGCUCUGCCCCCUGCUGACCUGCCACGGCCCCUUGUCCCAACAGGACUGCGGUGUCUGACGUCUCCCCUUGGCCCUGUCCCUGCGCAGCCGCCCCCGACUCCCUCAGUGGGAGCUGUGGGCUCCUGGCCGGAGUGCGGGGAGGGGUCUGGGACAGGGUGUCUUGGGAGGGACCUGGGUGGCUCAGGCUGCACUAGCAGUGGCAGUGGGGUCCAGGGCCCUGACCUCAGCCGUGUGGCGUGGGAGGUGGUCCUAGGUGGGGCGCGGGCUCCUAGGUGCCGCCACGUGGAAGAGUAAAUCAUUUUGGCGCA